GGCAGCACUUCAGCAGGUCUCAGCCUUGUUGUGCGACACCCUCACCCUGCUGCACCCUGGUCCUGCAUGGUUGCAGUAUUGCAGUAGUUUGGUUGCUACCCUGUCUUGUCUUCGCCUCUUUUCUUAAAAGAUCAUUUCAUUUUUUUCACCGGCUUCCGUUUUUCUUCUUAUUCCUUCUAUCGUUCUUGAUGCCAAUUUGGGUUAAUUUUUUUUUGCUACGCUUUCCAACAUCCUCAAACUUGGCCUGGCUUGGAUAUUUGGUCCUGGUUUGAGCCAUGGCUCGUUCAAUAUCUUACCCCGGUUUUCUACGCCUUCCACCAGCUACCGCUGCUCUUCUCAUCAGCGCGGCUUUCGGAUUGACGAAUGGUCACGCGCUACCCAGACAAACGAAGACGGUGGAAUUACAUGAGUUGAAUGUUGUUUCUUUCCCGCAACCCACAGAAGCUCCGAUUUUACUUUCCGAUUUAUUACCAAGACAGGCACAGAACACGGUAUGCGGCUAUAUUGGGGGAGAUACAAACCUACCUGCGACAUGUUCUGCAGGGUCCCAUUGCGUAUUGGAGAAGGACCACGGUGUGGUGGGCUGUUGUCCGGACGGCGGACCUUGCUCGACGGGUAUAUUUACGGGUUGUGUAGACCGGAAUAGCGACCUACAAACCGAACUCAAUCCUUACGUCUACACGUGCCAAGGCUCCAACGUGUGCUAUAGGAAUGAGUUCGCCGGCGGGUAUUUUCAAUUCGGCUGUGGAACCGCUUCAUCCCUAGGCACUACUGUCGAAACCUCCGUUGAUGGCAUGACAAGCUUGGUGUUCGAAAGCAAUUCUAUGCUGCUGACAGCGUUACCAACCGCUCUUCCUGAACCCACUUCCAUCGGGUCACAGCCUUCUAGUGUAACGGACGAUCCUACGGGUGAUCCCUCGUCUAGUUUGCCGAAUUCUUCAUCACCAAAUGCAACACCCACUUCCGCUACCUCUGUAUCAUCAGCCUCUAACUCGCUAUCAUCAUCGUCUUUACUCACAUCUUCCGGGUCCUCUUCCUCAUCUUCAUCGUCGUCAUCUAAAUCUUCGUCAACAACUAAAACCUCUUCAUCAACCACUGCCUCGUCAAGUUCUACAGGCACUCCGACAACAACGAACAGCGCUCCAGUAGAAUCAUCUACUGACCCCAGCGCACCCGCAGCAGUAGGAUCUAGUACCACAAAUAGAGGGGCUAUCAUCGGAGGAUCUAUCGCAGGAGCCGCCGUUUUGAUAGCAGUGCUAGUUGCUAUAGCACUUUUCUAUCUCCGUAAGCGGCGCAAUAAUCGUGAAGGCCCCGGGCCUUUACCAACAGAUGCGCCGCCACGGACGGAUUACAUAAGCCCGAUGAGCUCUCACGGCGCAGCCUUUGCACCUUUACCAUCAUGGCAAGAUGAUGAGGAAGACACGCGACCAUUGACACAGUACCCACAGCCGUACCACCCAAUCCAGGAACCGUGGCAAGCGGAACCGAGUAUGGCAGCAGCAGCUAGACCGCCGACAACGAAUCGUGGUUUCUCGCAGCCGUUGCGAUAUCAUCCAGCGACCAUACGCCCCGUAGUGCCCUUAGGUGGCGUAGGAACCGGAUUAACGCCAGUAGCAGAAGAAGAAAAUCCAAGCGAACGUGGCGACCACGAUCGUCCAAGUACCGGUACCACUGGAGUAGGAAUGGCAGGAGGACCUAGAUCAUCCGAACUCGACGACUUCUCGCGCGCAUACUCAAGUGCUGGAAUUGGUACCCAGGAAAUCGAAGACGACAGACAACCACUUACCGCGACGAACUCAGACGAGAAUACAUUAGGAUCAGGUGCUAUUUCACCAGAGGGAAGUCAAACUCCGCCUCGCGGUGGAGGAGGCGGGAAUAGACCGUUGUGGCAGCAGAAUCGACAACAGGGGAGGAAUAUGAUGUGGCUAUAAUUCUUUUUUGAGGCUGCAUCCGUAUAUACAUGCGUUUCACUCCAUCAUUAUUACAAUUGUUUUGUGCAAGGCGACGAAAAUAACGACUUAAUCAAUUAAUACCC